GCCACGAAGGGGUGCGCUCCCGCCAUUUUGGGCGUGAGGCGAUGUGAGGGGGGCGGCACCGGGGGGGUGACCGCUUCUGGGCCAGGUGCCCUCCUCAGCCGGUUCUGGGCUGUGAGGGGGAUCCCCAUGAAUUCCAAAAUGAAACAAAAGUUGAAUGUGGAGAAGUCGUCGGGAUCUUUGCAGAAAUACCUCACAGAUACUGCAUGCAGUGCUUCCCCAAGACAGACUCUUAAAAUGAUUCAGCCUUCAGCAAAAGGUUGCCUGGUUGGCAGAGGUAAUGAGAAGAAAUCUUCAGUCAAACGGAAACUCUGGAAUAACAAGUUUACUUCCUCAACUUGUAAAGCUGAGGUGUUUGUGGACAAAGGGCAAGAAAAUGAGAAUACAGAUGAUAUCAUUCAAGCUGUAGAUCUCAUUAAAAAAAGUCCUUCAUCUCAAUACUGGAAAGAAGUGGCUGAAGAAAGGAGGAAGGCUCUGUAUGAAGUCCUUCAAGAGAAUGAGAAGUUGCACAAAGAAAUUGAACAGAAAGAUGGGGAAAUUGCCCGCCUAAAGGAAGAAAAUGAAGAGCUAAUGUCACUGGCUGAACACGUGCAUUAUAUGACAAGCAUGAUCGAGAGGUUAACAGGGCAAGAAACUGACAAUCUUGAGACAUUGGAAAGUCUGGCUUUAGAGGAAUCCAAAGAAGAAAAUGAAGAAUUUAACCCUGGAGAUGAUGCAGACAGUACUUCUGAAGAAGGGCCAUUACAAGUAUCAUGUGGUUUAAGGGAGAGUGUAUCAGAUGAUACUUCAGGUGAAGCAAAGUACUGACAGCUGGAGUGAUGACCUUAAAUGGGCUUGUGUAUAUGCCUUCUUUUAACUGCAGUCUUCCUCUUGAAAGGAUAUACUAAAACUUUUCAGGUAUAGAAGCUUGUGGGAGCAUUACAGAUCAUGGUUUUUAACUGGAAUUAUGUAGCAGUGAGUAUUUGAAUACUGCUUGUACAGCUUGUUACAGGCUGCAGUUAAUUGCUUGUUUUAAGUCUGAAUACUGUGUAUUUUGAACUGUUGUGUAAAUACCAUUUGGUCUGACAUGAUGUGAAAAAUGAUAAAUAAAUCUUUACCUUAAUAAAA